AUGUCACGCUGCGUCGGCACACCAGCCGCCACGCCCGCCUGCUGCGGGGGAAGGGCAGCGAAGGGGCGGGAACCUGCCGCAGCAGCCCGGGGAGCUUCCCUGCUUCUCCGCGGGCUGUCGCCGCGGGCGUCCGCCCCCCGCGUCGCUCUCGGCCCCGCCUCUCCCCCCGCCCGCUCUCCGCCCACUCCCACCGCCGCCGCGCGUCGUCAGUUCUGUCCUGCCUCGCCUUCGUGCUGCGGUCUUCUGCCUCUCACUUCUAGUGGUUCUAAUGAGACUGUCAGUCCUGGGAUAUUUCAUCUGUGUUUCUUCUUUUCUCUAUCUCGGCUCUCCCACGGACUCCAGUUACUUAAAGUGGCCGGCAGGGAAGGAAACCUGAUUGCCAUCUUUCACGAAGAGCACAGCAGAGUUCUGCAGCAACUCCAGGUUUUCACCUUCUUCCCGGAGUCUCUUCCAGCCACCAAGAAACCGUUUGAGAGGAAAACCAUUGACCGCCAGUCUGCUCGAAAGCCACUCCUGGGCCUGCCAAGUUACAUGCUACAGUCAGAAGAACUCCGGGCCUCCCUCCUGGCCAGGUAUCCCCCUGAAAAACUCUUCCAAGCAGAGCGGAACUUUAAUGCUGCCCAAGACUUGGAUGUCUCACUUUUGGAAGGUGACCUGGUGGGUGUGAUUAAGAAAAAAGACCCUAUGGGCAGUCAGAACCGCUGGCUGAUUGACAAUGGAGGUAAGAAUCUUAAGCAGCAGGUGAAUGGAACUAUUUUUUAA